ACCUACCUACGUCAAACCCGUGGGGCCCGGAGCUGGCUGGUCCCACACAGUCCCCAUACAGUUGGCACUGCACUGUCCGCUCGCCUCGUCUCUCCCCUCCCACGAUGCGCUUUCGCAUGUCAAACUUUCAAGGAUCCAUGCCUCACCUUCUCUUCACGUUGCGUCAUCACACCCGCCCCGCCCCCCGCCGCAUCUUGUCGGCCGGCCUACUACCAUAUUAAGAGCAGCACCGAAUCCUUUCGGGAACGUCAAGCCCGGUUUCAAUUGGCGAGAAACUUGCAGCAAGUGUACUGAAACCCGCAAUACGGCAGAGAAUAAUAGCCAAACGGUUCGGCGACCCCGCAAAGGACCCCGCAGAGAACGCAGAAUAGGCCAAGGAACCAAAGGGAAGAGAAGGAAAAGGGAACGCCGCAGCAGCACAGAAACUACAGGAUGACGGCCUCAAUGACCUCAAACCCCACCACGACGGCCGUCUCGGCCCCGGGCAAGGUGCUCCUCGCCGGCGGCUACCUCGUGCUGGACCGCGCCUACACGGGCCUCGUCUUCGGGCUCAGCGCCCGCAUCAACGUCGUCGCCGCCGAGAUCCACACCAUGCCCGGCGUGCACCUGACCGAGAUCGUCGUCGAGAGCCCGCAGUUCCUCGAUGCCGUGUGGCGAUACGGCUUCCAUCUCGCCCCCGAGGACGGCGGUAUCACCGUCACCCAGCUGCAGGUCGGCUCCAAGAUCAACCGCAACCCCUUCGUCGAGACAACUCUCAGCUACGCUCUCACCUACAUCGCCCGCGUCAAUCAGCAACGCCCCAACCACUCUCUCACCUCCACCCGCCUCAUUGUCCUCGCCGACAACGACUACUACUCGUUGCCCGCCGGUGCUACCUCCACUGCCGGCAAGGACUCUCGCUUCGCGCGGUACCCCCAUACGAUCGGCGAGGCGCACAAGACCGGCCUCGGCUCGUCCGCCGCGCUCGUGACCUCCCUGACUGCGGCCCUACUAACUCACCACCUACCGCCCGCGCUAUUCGACCUCGACACGGAGGCGGGCAAGCACACGCUGCACAACCUCGCGCAGGCGGCGCACUGCGCUGCCCAGGGGAAGGUCGGCUCCGGUUUCGACGUCGCCGCCGCCGUGUUCGGCAGCUGCAGGUACCGCCGCUUCUCGCCGUCGUUGCUCUCGGACCUCGCUGCCCCCGGGACGCCGGGCUUCGCCGACGCGCUGGUGAGGAAGGUCGACGAGGUCCUCGCGUGGGAUGUCGAGGUCGACAAGACGGGUGUGAGCCUGCCCAAGGGCGUUUGUCUGCGGAUGUGCGACGUAGACUGCGGAAGUCAGACUGUGGGGAUGGUGAAGAAGGUCUUGGAGUGGAGGAAGAGCCACCCGGAGGUGUCCAAGACGUUGUGGGAUGAGCUGCAGGCAAAGAACGAGGGUCUCGCGAAGGUGCUGAAGGACGGUGAGGUCGAGAGCGUCGGCGCGGCCGUCGGGGACGUCAGGAAGCUGAUUCGGGCGAUGGGCGACGGCAGCGGCGUGCCGAUCGAGCCCGAGUCCCAGACCGAGCUUCUGGACGCGCUGGGGGCAGUCGAUGGCGUGUUGGGCGGCGUGGUGCCUGGCGCCGGCGGUUUCGAUGCGCUUGCACUGGUGAUGCGCGAUGAUGAUGCGACCAGGAAGAGGGUCGAGGAGUUCCUGGAUGGGUGGAGCAAGGAGAAGGGCGGACGGGUGCGACUGUUGGGCGUCAUGGGUGAGAUGGAGGGUGCGAAGAGGGAGUCGCUCGACACAUAUGCCGGGUGGUUGUCUUAAUGGUGUUGAGAGUCCGAGCCCAAAAAGCGAUGCGAGCGCCUUGCCUCUCUUUCACUCUCUCUACAUAUAUAUAUAUAUAUAUAUAUACAUAUACAGCACACAAAGAUCGGAUAUUAGUAUAUGUGGGACAAGAUCAAGCAAUGGCAACAUCAGAUAUACAAACGGAUUUGUUAGAGUAAGCAAGGAGAGCACUGAUUUGAGAUACGCAUAUGCUUUACAUUUGUAUGGAGUUGUCAAUCGCAGGUAGUUAAUUCUAUGGGUCGGCAGGGACAAGUCAGCGCCUGUGGAUCAUCCAUAGUGCGCUAACCUGAGCUUGUUAUUAAC